CGCCCGUUUAAUUUGAGUUCAUGGAUGCCACUCUGCUGGAGUACGAAGUACAGAGGACUAACCUCUUUUCUCCCAAAACCCCACUGCAUCAUCAGUGAAAGUCGGAGGAGAGAUGACUGCCUCCUCACCAAACUCCAACGUGCUGCUGGACGAAGCCCUGUCCCCUCUCUGCCCGAGGACAGUACUUCUGGUCGAGGACUGCGUAGAGACCAGCGGAGCUUUCGUCCUCCACCACCUCAUGAAACGCGUCCUCUCGUCCUCGGGCGGCGUCCUCGUCUUCGUAUCUCUCUCCCAUCCCUUCUCCCAUUACGACCGCAUUCUCAGAAAACUCGGUUGCAACUUAAUCACACAGAGGGACAAUAAUAGAUUCUUCUUUUUUGACAUGCUUAAGUUGGAAUAUCCAGGUGGGGAUGGAAGAAACAUCACUGAAGGCGGAUUGGUGGACUUGUAUGGGAAAAUUCAGAAGGCUGUUGAAGUUAGCGCUUCACAAGAAUACAAUGGGGGCAGCAUAACCGUCAUGAUCGAUGAUGUAUCCCAAUUGGAGAUAGCUGCUCAUGGUUCUGUGGAUCACGUCUUAGACUUUGUGCAUUACUGUCAUACCUUGACCUCUGAAUUGGAUUGCUCACUAGUUAUGCUGAAUCAUGAAGAUAUUUAUUCAAGCAGGGUGGCCCCUAGACUCAUUUUGUCAAUGGAAUACCUUUCGGACAUAGUCAUAAAAGCAGAACCUCUGGCAACAGGUUUGGCUACAGAUGUGCAUGGACAGUUGACAGUUGUGAACAAGGGAGUGUUCAAUGAGCAUGGUUAUUUGGGCAGUCGGAUCCGUAAUUUCCACUUCAAAGUCAAGGAAAACAGCGUUGAGUACUUCUAUCCUGGGACUCGGACUUGAAGAGGCCUCCGAAACCGCUACUAUGAGAAAGCACAUGUACGCACAUGCAUACAAAAUAUAGGAUUCUCGACCUGAGAAAACACAUGCACAGUACUCGAAGGUUUCCAUUUCACGCUAAUUGUUGGUCUGUAGGGCCCUGCUGUGGAUCAACUGUGCCCCACAAAUGUCCUGGAUUCAAAGAUCCUAGUCACCAAUCUUGUCCUGUGCUGUUGAAUGCAGAUAGUUGCUGUACUUCUCUUCUUGGCAGUCUAUUUGCCAUGAAUUGAAAGAUUCAAAUUGUCCUGUUGAGUAGAUUCUUGUGGCAUGGUCCAUCCAUGAGCAGUCCUUCCAGCCCAAUGGUCUGGAUCACUUAACUUGAGGCCCUGCUUGUUCAAACUGAAUAUCUGAGCUUGCAUUGGAUAUCCUUCAUUUGAGGAUCCUAUAAUCCUUCAUCCAUUUGUUCAAACUGAAAACCUGAGUAUACAUGUAUCCGUGGGUUUAGGAUCCUGUAAUUCCUCAUCCGCUCAGAUACGCAUAUGUAUAGUUUGAUUGGGAAAUGAUAUCAACACCCACCCAGAUUGAUAUCA